CAUUUGCCGCUGUACGUGUCCUUGGACGCUCACUCUUCUUUCUUUACUCCUCCUGUCUUGUGAAACAAGAAAAACGCCCUUUUCUUUUCUUCACAAACAAGGAUCCCUUGGAUUGCGUGCUUAAUUAAUCUCAACCGUACACCCUUUCAAUCCAACGGUACAUCUCCACUCUCUCUCUGCACUACAACAAUAACACUCUCUCCCUCUUUCUUCAGCGGUUUUUAAUCAUCAUCAUCAUAAUAAACCCUAGUUAGCCGAAUCACUCUAACUCUCUCUCUCUCUCUCUCUCUCUCUCUCUCUUCGCUUUGCGUCCGAUUAUUUCCCUUUGUUUUCGUUUCAGGUUCGAUUUUAUAUAAUCUUUUCCUCUCUCACUCUUCAUCUGAUUUUUGUUUUUUGUUUUUUUUUUUUUAAUUCGACUCGAUCAUCGUUCGAGUAACGAUGGCUCUUGAUUCUAUGUAAGAAACAGAAAAAAGAAAAAAACCCGGUUCGAUUUUUCUUAGUUUUUCUGAUAAAAAGAACCGUACGGCAAUGCCGGCGGCAGGUAUGAGGCGGUCCACUAGGGUUUUCGGAGUGGUUAUGAAGGGAUCCGAAUCGGGUCGGGUCCUUCGAUCGGGUCGCCGGUUACUUCCAGAAGAAUCGGUUGAAGUUAAGAUAAAGAGAGAGAACGAAGGAGACGAUUGGCCUAUCCCGCCGCCACCACUUAAAAACAAAGCCGUAGUGCCGAGAAAGGCGCCAGUUGUGCCCAAAACGGAGGCUGAGGAAGAGCGAGCUGUAAAGCCGGUGAAAAGAAGCCGGGUCGGCGACGGAGUGGACAGGAUGUAUGGUAUUGCGUAUACUAGAAAGCGGAGAAGGACUGCUGGUGCUGCAAGCUUGGAACUUUCUAGUAAGAAAAGAGAAGAAAGUGGUGAAAUUUGUGUAUUUUCUGUUGUUGUGAAGUCCUGUGCUGCAAAGAGUGGCCGGUUUUCGUCUUUGUUGGUUUCGAUUUUGAGAUACAUGAUGAUGAUGAGGUUCACAGUUACAUUACCUGAGGUUUUUGCCUUUUUUCUGUCCAAACCAUCACAGGGUGUACAGUUUCUGCAGGGUUCUCCUCCUUCCAUCACUGGAAUCUGCCGGUUUUUUGAGAUCACACAGUUCAUUCCACUGUUCUCUGUUGAUUUUUCUGCUGUUCCGGUUUAUUUUGAGUAUCUGCACUCGUCAAUGCUUUUAGAUUUUCUCUUUAGGUCAUUUUUUAUUGUACAGAAUCCAAUAAAUGCACAUAGUGAUGAUAAGGAUCAUGAGGAGGAAAUUGGUUUCCUGAAAAACAAGGACGAAUUGCAGACUUUGUUUGAUACUGUUGAAAGAGAACCUUCUGCAAGUGGUACUGUUAUCCCUGAUGUUAUUCAAAUCAGUGACAGUUUAUCCUUACCUACGUCCGCCAAGGGUACUGGGCAACCUCGUAGUCGAAAUGGGCAGUUUAAAAGUGUUCUGAACUCUAGAUGCAUUCAGAAGAGGAGGAGUUCACUCAAGAAAAGGAAAGCUCACAGUCCUUCAACGAUGACUUUGCGCAGAAGUAACGGGUCAGUAGCUUCGGAUUUAGUGGGUAGUAGAAAAUGCAAUAUCCAGUUCUCUGGUAUGACCACCUCCACUAAGAGACAUAGAAGUUUUGUCAAUGAGAAUACUGCUGGAAGCUUAAAAGAAGCAAGUUCUGCCAAAUUGGGUUCAGCACAAAGUGUGGAUUCUUCUUUCUGCUUUGCAAACGUAUUGGUUAUAGAGUCAGACCGGUGUUACAGGGAAGAUGGUGCAGUUGUCACUUUAGAGAUGCCUGAUUCAACAGAAUGGCUUCUAAUUGUUAAGAGAGAUGGAUUGGAAAGAUGCACUUGCAAAGCCGAACAAGGGAUGCCAUCUUGGUCAUCCAACCGGUUCACCCAUGCAUUUAUGUUUUCAUUGGAUAAUGGUUGGAAGCUGGAGUUUACGGAUCGCCGGGACUGGCAUUUCUUUAAAGACCUUUAUAAGCAGUGUUUUGAUCGAAAUAUCCAUGGUCCUGUUGCUAUUCCAGUGCCAGGCGUUCAUGGGGUCUCUUCCUAUGCUGAAAGCAACAACAAUUCUAUCUUUCAGCGACCAGCCACAUAUAUAUCUGAGUAUGGGGAUGAGAUAACUAGAGCAAUGACAAGGAGAACUGCAAAUUAUGACAUGGAUGCUGAAGAUGAGGAAUGGCUGAGCAAGCUCAAUAAUGUGUCUCAAGAGCAUAUUUCAGAGGAUAACUUUGAGUUAAUCAUUGAUGCUUUUGAGAAGGUUUAUUAUUGUAAUCCAGAUGAUUCUUUUGAUGUAAAAUCUGCGGUCAGUAGUCGUCAGGAUCUUGGUAGCAUGGAAGUUAUUGAAGCGGUAUACACCUAUUGGAUGAGAAAACGGAAGCAAAAACAGUCUAUGCUAAUUAGGGUCUUUGAGAUUCAUCAAUCAAAGAGGGCAUCACUUAUUCCGAAGCAUUUUCUGCGAAAGAAGAGGUCAUUUAAGAGACAGCCAAGUCAGUUUGGUAGAGGCAGUCAACCAAGUUCGUUGAGAGCAAUGGUAGCUGAACAAGAUGCCUUGGCAGUGGAUAGAAUGCAUAAGGCUCAAGAAGCUAAAGCCUCAGCAAAAAAAUCCACUGAAACAGCCAUUGAAAAACGCAAAGAGGCCCAAUUUCUUGCUAAAAAUGCAGAUUUGGCAACCUAUAGGGCCUUAAUGAUGCUUCGAGUAGCACAAGCACUAGCUGUUGCUGGAGAAUCAGGAGAAGUUGUGGCCAAGGACAUUCUUGGGAUUGAUGGUUAGAGAUAAAUCCCGUUCCGGAUGCUAAUUAUAACACCAUACAUUUUAUUAUAGGAAUGCUCACAGGAGAUUUGCUGCUGUUCCCCCCUCCCCUCCUAUACUGUAAACUUUGUACAGAUUUUUGUUUUUUGAUGGAAAUCAAGACCUUAUACACUAAUCUUCCGUACCAAGUAGAUUGGUUGAUUUCUUUCCCUUGCAAAAAAGAAUCCUAAGAAAACGAAAUACAGGAUUUUCAAGACUCA